UCAUGCGCUCUUGUUGUCGUACAGUAGCCGAAUAGCAAGCAAAUAUGAAUGCAAAUAGCUUUUACUCUUCUGUCGAAGCGAACUUGAUCUAAAUCAUCAGAUAUUUUGCGUUUUUUUGUCAGUAUCACAGUCGCCAAGAGUUGAGGAGAACUGCACAAAGGCUCCUGCAUCCGUUUAGCCUGAUUUUCUUAUAAACAAACAUGAAUCAGUAUCUAUUUGUUCUUCUUUCUUUUGUGCAUGUAUUGGCGGAUCCGGAUUUUGCAAAACUUGAUGGUGCCCCGCCUUCUAAAAUAGCUGUUGUUGGAGCUGGUAUCGGAGGAACCGCUACAGCUCACUUCCUUAGGCAACAUUUCGGACCGGAAGUGAGAAUUGAUGUAUUCGAGAAAGGGUCUGUCGGGGGUCGUCUGGCUACAGUCACUGUGAACCACCAAGACUACGAGUCCGGUGGAUCCAUCAUUCAUUCCCUCAACCUGCACAUGCAAGACUUUGUCCAGCAACUGGGGCUGAAGUACCGAAAGAGUGUGGCUGGGAAAACAGCAGUGUUCAAUGGAGGCGAGUUUAUUUUGGAGGAGACGGAUUGGUACCUUUGGGUUUUAGCAACAUCAUAUGACCCCUUUAACACAUUCUGCUGUCCGUUUUCUGCCAGAAUCUAUAAAUACCAGGCCCAUGGCUAUGCCUUCAGUUCAGUUGAAGAGCUGCUGCACUCUCUUGGGGGUUCAGGAUUUAUCAACAUGACCCGCCGCUCGCUUUCCGAGUCUCUGUUAGAGUUGGGCGUCUCCCAGCGCUUCAUUGAUGAAGUCAUAGCCCCCAUCAUGAGGGUCAACUACGGCCAGAACAUCAGCAUCCCUGCGUUUGUUGGUGCUGUGUCUCUAGCUGGGGCACAGGCCAAUCUCUGGGCUGUGGAGGGAGGAAACAAGCUGGUUUGCUCGGGACUGCUUAAACUAGCAAAAGCUAAUCUCAUCCAAAGUCCAGUUACAAACAUUACCCUCCGAUCAACAGGAGAUUACCACCAAUAUGAGCUCACCUACGACUCUCAAAAUGAAAAGUCAUCAGAGCUCUAUGACAUUGUAGUAGUAGCGAUGCCUCUCCAGCAAAACAUCAACUCGGGCAUCUCAUUCCAGGGCUUUGAGCCACAACUUCCAGAAAUAGCGGGCUCCUAUCACCAAACUGUGGCCUCCAUCAUCCACGGCUACCUAAACUGCUCUUACUUCGGUUUCCCCGACCCAAAGCUCUUCCCAUUUUCCAGCAUCCUGACCACAGACACUCCCGGACUUUUCUUCAACAGCGCCGCCAGCAUCUGUCCGGUCAGCAUAACCUCCGGCUUCCGCCGAAAGCAGCCUCAAGAGGCCGGAGUCUACAAGGUCUUUUCCCCAAAACCUCUGGAGAAGAGCGAGCUGAAGACACUUUUUAAGUCCUACUACUCGGUGCAGGUCACAGAUUGGUUGGCGUACCCUCACUACGGAAGCACCCAGGGCUUGCCACCGGUGGUGCUGCACGAAAACUUGUACUUCCUGAAUGGAAUCGAAUGGGCUGGGAGUGCGAUGGAGAUGAGCUCGGUGGCAGCUAAGAAUAUAGCACUGUUGGCCUACCACCGCUGGAAUAGACAGCUGGAAAUGAUUGACCAGAAGGACCUCAUGCACAAAGUGAAGACAGAAUUGUGACACAGCCUGUAUGUCACAGUAUGUCAUUAUAAAGACACUGUGAAGUAUGAUAAGAGGAAUUAUACUUGUCAAACCUGUUAGAGACUAAGCAACAGCAUGCUUUCGAUUCAGCACAACGCGGCUUAUGUUUUAGUUUUCCUUUUUUGAUGCAAGAUGCAAAAAAGGUUGCAUGUCUGCUUGUCUGCCAGAUGUUUGGUGAAGGCGAACAGCAGUGUGGUCUCAGGCUAAACGCGCGAUCUGUAUCAGGUGGCGGUAAUGCGUGGGACGUUUUCUCCAUUACUGACCAGCUUGAUGCUUCUGUGAGCUCACUUGUCAUGAGCUAAUGUGAUGAGGUGAAAACGUUGUGUGGAAAGACGUGAGAGUAAUUCUCCAUUUGUUUAGGAUUGUUUUUUAUGUUUGCUGAAGAAGUCUUAUAGUUUCACGAUUCCAAUUGAUCUUGUGUUUGUGUAAUGUCACUAGGCAAGGAAAAGUAUUAGCAGGAUUUUUAGCUUUGGAAUCUAAUUAUUUAUUAUGAUGGCUUGACUUUCACAUUUCAAUAAAUAAUGGCUUA